AUGCCUGACGAUAUUACUGAAUACUUUGCCCAUACAGGGGUUAGUCACACACAAUCUCAAACAGACUAUCAAUAUCUUAAUAAUAGUCGGAACUCCCUACGGAAUGAAGAUGAAGAUGAAAUCGAUAAUAAAAAUGAAAAGGCAUUUCAUGUCUCUGGGAGUAAAAUGUCUACUAGAAUGGUAGAGGAAUCCACUUUUGAAGAGCCUAUCCAAAUACAUGGUGACAGUAGUAGUGAUGAAGAAAGUGGUAGUGAUAAAAAUAGUAAAUUCAACCGUUAUGAUGAUGAUGAAGACCUUAAGAAAUACUCUAAAUGGAGACGCUUUUAUUUAAAAUAUGUGAUUCUGGAUAGAAAUUUUGCAGACAUAUCCAUUUUGGAUUCCUUUAUGUAUAACGCAGAUCUGAAACCAGUAGAAGAAGAAAGAAGAGUAUGGUCCUGGUAUAAUUUUGCAUAUUUUUGGUUAGCUGAAUGUUUCAAUAUUAAUACUUGGCAAAUUGCAGCUACCGGUUUACAAUUAGGUUUAAAUUGGUGGCAAUGUUGGAUUACUAUUUGGAUUGGUUAUUCCUUCGUUGGUGUAUUCGUCGUUCUGUCUUCUAGAGUUGGUACUGCUUAUCAUCUUUCUUUCCCAAUUUCCUCUAGAGCCUCGUUUGGUAUAUUUUUCUCUCUGUGGCCUAUUAUUAAUAGAAUUGUCAUGGCCAUUGUGUGGUACUCUGUUCAAUCGUGGCUAGGUUCUGAACCAGUUUCAUUGAUGUUAAGGUCUAUAUUUGGGAAAGACUUACCAGAUAGAAUUCCAGACAAUUUCGGUUCUGAAAAUGCAACUACUUAUACAUUCAUGUGUUUCUUCAUCUUUUGGGUUGUAGAAUUCCCAUUCUUAUUGAUUCAACCUCAUAAAGUUAGACAUUUGUUUACUGUUAAGGCUAUUUUAGUUCCAUUUGCAUCCUUUGGUUUUCUGAUUUGGUCUGUUAGAAAGGCCCAUGGAAAGAUUUCUUUGGGUAGUUUGACUGAUUAUCAUCCAACAGGUAGUGCGUUCUCAUGGGCUUUCUUAAGAAGUGUAAUGGGAUGUAUGGCUAAUUUUUCUACUAUGGUUAUUAACGCCCCGGAUUUUGCAAGGUUCUCAAAGACAAAGCAUUCUGCUUUAUGGUCUCAAUUGGUUUGUAUCCCACUUAUGUUUUCAAUUACAUGUCUGAUAGGUAUCUUGGUUACCGCUGCGGGUUAUGAAAUGUAUGGUGUCAAUUACUGGUCUCCAGUUCAAGUCCUCGAACAAUUUCUGGUUAGAUCUUAUACUAAAGGUACUAGAGCUGGUGUAUUUUUGAUUUCAUUCGUAUUUGCAAUUGCACAAUUGGGUACUAACAUUUCUGCUAAUUCUCUAUCAUGUGGAACUGAUAUGACUGCUGUUCUACCAAAAUAUAUCAAUAUUAGGCGUGGUUCUAUUUUCUGUGCAUGUUUGGCAUUAUGUAUUUGUCCAUGGAAUUUGAUGGCUACUUCAAGUAAGUUUACAAUGGCUCUGUCUGCUUAUGCGAUUUUCUUAUCCAGUAUCGCCGGUGUUGUCUGUGGGGAUUAUUUCGUUGUUAGAAGAGGCUACAUCAAGCUGACUCACAUUUAUUCCAACAGAAAGGGAUCCUUCUAUAUGUAUGGUAAUAAAUAUGGUAUUAACUGGAGAGCGUUGGUUGGUUAUCUAUGUGGUGUUGCUCCAAACUUGCCAGGUUUUAUUGGUGACGUUGGUGCACCAAAGAUUACAGUUUCCAUCGGUGCUAUGAGAAUUUACUAUUUAAGUUAUUGGGUGGGUUAUUUCAUCAGUUUCUCCGUAUACAUUGGCCUGUGUUAUUUCUUCCCAGUACCAGGUCAACCAGUUAAGAACAUCUUGAGGGACAAAGGUUGGUUCCAAAGAUGGACCGACGUUGAAAACUUCGAACAGGAAUGGAGAGAAUCCCUAAAGAAGAAAGAUCUCCUAGAUGAUAAGGUAGACGUUUACGAGUAUUCCAGAGGAAAAACGAUCUUUUAA